AUGAUGAGGCCGGAUCUAGAAACCCAGACGACCGCUCUUACCACAAUCGAUACGUGGUCAGUAAGGAUGUAGGAUCAGCGCGUUUUUCAUGUGAUCGAUACGUGCGGCCGUUUGAUGAAAUCCGCAUUGCUCAAGAACAAUUGAUGUCGUACAAUGUCCUGCUUCACAGACAUACUGCGAUGCAUUGACCUCAUGAGAAGAUGAUGAUGCCAGCACGUUUAAUCCAAAUUACCCGCUUUUCUCUGUCUGAAUGUCGGUGUCAUCACGCGGGACUCCUUGUCACCCGGUUCAACAGUGGCCCGGUUCUGCACGGGAGACGGCGGACGAUUGUGCUUCCUACGUACCAUGCACAGAUCCAACCAGUUUCAUUCUGCUCUGAUCUAGCAUCAAAGAAAUACAACCUAAUUUAUGCCUUCCCCGCUAUCAAAGGCCUGCGGGCACUAUCAAGACUCAAACUGAUGCAGACAGGAAUCACUGUCAUCUUAUUGCCCACAGUGUAUUACCUCCACCUGCAUGGACAGGCCUCAGUAACGCUAUUAAGUUACACCACAGGUAUAGGUCUGCUUGCUGGUAUCAUGCUCUAUUCCAUUAGCCACUACGUCAGACGAGUGGUUGGCAUGAUGUACCUUGAUUCAACCCAAACUACAUUAAAGGUGUCACAUCUGAACUUCUGGGGUCACAGGAAGGAAAUAUACCUGCCUGUGUCAGAUGUCAUGACCCUGGGAGAUACUGGUGAUACUAAAGGAGAGCCGAUCCUUCGUUUUAAGCGCUACAGCAGUUCCGAAACUAUGUACUUCUCCACCAGACUGGGCAGAGUGGUGGAUAAAGAUUCUUUUGAGAAGGUUUUUGGGAGUUUGUUGUGAAUGUUCUUUCUCUCUUUUUUUUUUUUUGUCAUGUCAUACACCACUGGAUAUGUCUUCUAUUUGAAAAGUGACAAAUAAAGGUCUUAUGUCAGUGUUAAAGCAUCUUUAAACUUUAUCUCACAUAAUUCACGAAGAAUGACUUGCUAAAAAUUAUUUUACAUGAAACCAGUGUGACAAGUUGAGUAGCUCAGCGAGUAUUGAUGCUGACUACCACACCUGGAGUCACCCGUUCAAAUCCAGGGCAUGCUGAGUGACUCCAGCCAGGCUUCCUAAGCAACCAAAUUGGCCCGGUUGCUAGGGAGUGUAGACUCACAUGGGGUAACCUCCUCGUGUUCGCUAUAAUGUGGUUCUCACUCUUGGUGGAGCACAUAGUGAGUUGCGUGUGGAUGCCGUGGAGAAUAGCGUGAAGCCUCCACAUGCACUGUGAGCGCAGUAAUGCACUCAACAAGCCACGUGAUGAGAUGCGCAGAUUGAGGUAACUGAGAUUCGUCCUCUGCCACCCUGAU